AUGGCGGAGAAAGCGGCGGCGCCACCGCCGUCGAAGCCUUUGACAACUCAGGAGUGGGAAACUCUAAUUGAAGACUUCCAGAAUGGCGUCCACCACAAGUGGAACUCUCUGGAUCCUCUCUUCGAUCUUCUCCUCUCCUCUCUUCUCCGCAAGGACUUCCCUCUCUUCCUCAAGCUUCAACUCCUCGUCUUCCUCGACGAAUUCUCCCUCUCCUUCUUCACCUCCCACCACCAUCUCCUUCGUCUCGUAGACGCCCUAAAAGCCGUCGUCCACGCGCCGCUCGAUGUUGUCGCGUCCACCUACAAAGACCAGUUCAUGGUCUCCGCCUCCUCGAUUCUCAUUUGCGCAUCGGAAAAAAAGGUCAUCGACCCUCAAACGGAGAAUAACCUUGUCGAGUUACUGCUGACGGUUAUAAACCGGCCAAAUUUCGGUUCGGACAGGCACACGCGCGGUGUCGCGUGCGAAUGCCUGAGGGAAUUGGAGCGGUGGAAACCGGGAUUGUUAUCGGAUGUGGUUGGACACUUGUGGAGUCUGUGCCAGAAUGAGCGAACUCACGCUUCACAGUGUUACCUCUUGCUCUUUACUUCGGUGAUUCACAACAUCAUCGUUCGGAAACUAAGUGUUUCGAUUCUCAACACAUCGGUUCCGAUGGUCCCUUUCAACGCGCCGAACUGCGUGAUGGAUUCGGGUUCAGGUUCAGGUUCGGAUUUGAAUGUGAAGGAGUUGAGGAGGGCAUUGGCGUUUUUGCUGGAGUGGCCGCAACUGAUGACUCCUUGCGGGAUGAUGGAGUUUGUGUAUAUGAUAAUUCCCGUGGCUAUGGCUUUGGAAUUGCAACCUUCCAUGUUGAAGGUACAGUUGUUUGGGAUGAUUCAUUCGUUUGACCCUGUUCUGUGUCAUGUUGUUUUGGUCAUGUAUUUGCGUUUCUUGGAAGCGUUUGAUGGUCAAGAGGGACAGGUUUCUCGCAGGCUCUUGUUGAUCUCAAGAGAAUCUCAUAAUUAUUUGGUGUUUCGCCUGUUGGCUAUCCACUGGUUGUUGGGUUUCAAUGAGUUGAUUUUUGAGAAGACGAAGCCCACCAUCGAAUUGUGCUCCGCAUUUUACCCCGCUUUGUUUGAUCCUCUGGCUUUGAAAGCCUUGAAGCUUGACCUUCUUGCCUUUUCCUCGGUUUGUGCUCAUGUUUUGAGGCUGAAAAGUGGUUCCGAUGAGUUGAUUGAUCCAGUGAAGCUGUUUGAAAAUGGUCUUGUUUGUGUCUCUUCUUUCAAAUGGUUGCCUCCCAUGUGCACAGAGACUGCAGUUGCAUUUCGCACCUUCCAUAAGUUUCUGAUUGGUUCUUCUUCUCAUUCUGACAAUGAUCCUUCCACCACAAGAAAUCUGUUGGACUCAGCCAUUUUUCGCACUUUGCAGGAUUUGCUUGUGAACAUGAUGUUGGAAAGUAGAAGACUGGUUCCUGUUGUUGUAGCUUUUGUUGACCGGCUACUCUCCUGCCAAAAGCAUUCUUGGUUGGGUGAGUGCUUACUUCAGAAAUUUGAUGCGCACUUGCUUCCCAAAGUGAAAAUGGAUUAUAAUUUGGUUUAUUGCUUCCCAAUAUUUGAUAGAAUUGCUGAAAAUCAGACAAUACCUCCUCGUGGGUUGUUAGAGUUGCUCACGAACUUCAUGAUUUUCCUUGUGGAGAAACAUGGCCCAGAUACAGGGAUGAAAUCUUGGUCCCAAGGAAGUAGAGCUCUUGGAAUUUGCCGAACUAUGUUGAUGCACCAUCAUAGCUCUAGAUUAUUCCUUAGAUUAUCUCGUCUGCUUUCAUUUACAUGUCUAUAUUUUCCUGAUCUGGAGAUUCGUGAUAAUUCAAGGAUCUACUUGCGUAUGCUUGUCUGCAUUCCAGGGAAGAAGCUUAGAGACAUCCUAAGUCUCGGUAACAUGAUCCUUGGAAUUUCUCCAUCUUCACAUUCAACCUCGUUUUUCAGCGUUCAGUCACCUAGACCUUCUAAAAAUUUUAAGUCGUUUAAAAACUUAUCAUCCUGCAUUCACCUUGAGCGUUUGGGCCCAUUGCUUGUCAAACAAUUUUGGUCUCUGUCGUUGUCAAAUUUAGUUGUAAGUAACACCAAACCAGCUUAUCUUGAGAGCAUCAGAGAUCUCAAAGCCACUGUGGAGGAAAAGGACUUUUCUGACAGUUCCAAUACGGAGAUCAUUCCUGGAAGGAUAAAUCAACCACAAGAGCCACUUCGUGUUAUGGAUUCUAAAGUUGCAGAAAUUUUAAACACAUUAAGGAAGUACUUUUCCUGCAUUCCUGACUUCAGAUAUAUGCCAGGUCUGAAAGUCAGAAUAUCAUGCAGUUUGAGGUUUGAAUCUAAUACUUUCAAUCGUAUGUUGGGAUUAGAUAAAACUGUCACAUCCUUGGAAGAGAUAGAUGCACUUCCUGCUAUAUAUGCUACCGUGUUAAAAUUCUCGUCAUCUGCACCAUAUGGAUCGAUUCCAUCCUAUUGUAUACCUUUUCUUCUUGGUGAACCUUACAAUAAAGAUCCUGCAUCUCAAAAUGUCUCCCUGAGUAUUGUUCCUGUUGGGGUCGGAAAUGAUUCCAGAGAAGAGGAAAAAUAUAGAGCUGCUGUUGUAAUUGAUUUGGAACCCAGGGAACCCACACCAGGUAUAGUUGAUGUUCACAUUGAAACAAAUGCAGUAAAUGGUCAAAUCAUCCAAGGUCAACUUCAAGGAGUCACAGUAGGCAUAGAAGACAUGUUUCUCAAGGCUAUUGUCCCAUCAGACAUUUCAGAAGAUGAAACACCUCGAUACAACUUUGACCUGUUCAAUACUUUAUGGGAGGCAUGUGGCUCAUCUUCCAGCACUGGCCGGGAGACCUUUCAGUUGAAAGGGGGUAAAGGUAUUGCUGCCAUCAGUGGAACUCAAUCUGUCAAGCUUCUUGAUGUCCCGGCAACCUCUUUGAUCCAGGCAACUGAACGCCAUUUGGCACGCUUUGUUGUAGGUGUCAGUGGGGAGCCACUUAUUGAUGCCGUAUGGCAAGGGGGAAUCAUUCAAAACAUCAUUUUGGAAGAUGCUUCUCCCGUUGCUACUUCUGUUACUAAUCAUGAUACAGGUCCACUCCGUCUUACUUACAAUGAUGAAGAGUGUGAGAAUGGGGCUAUUAGCAAUAGUAGAAAAAGAAACCUGGGUUGUUUUCUUGUUCUAAUAUUUCUUCCACCACGGUUCCAUCUCCUUUUCCAAAUGGAAGUUGGAGAUGUUUCGACUUUAGUUCGUAUACGUACAGAUCAUUGGCCUAGCUUAGCCUACAUUGAUGAUUAUUUAGAAGCCUUGUAUCUGUCAUAA